AAGAUAAGAUAGAUAGAUAUGCUAGAUUUAAAAAAAGAAGUUCCUGAAAAGUUAAUUUCUUUAAACAAAGAAAUCUAGCUAGCACAAAAUUUUGAUUCUUCUACUAAUCAAAUAAAUUUUUAGUAAAAAAAAGAGCUUAUUAACGGAAAUUCAUUUAUCUUGGAUGCUUAAAAAAAAAGAAAUAACAUUUUUUUUACAAAUCUUAAUGGUUUAUUUACCCUUGUUAAGAACCUAUAAAACCAAGGGAAAUAAAUAUAGAAUAAUGACAUUAAAAGCUUUGUGUCUGAUUCCUGUCAAAUGGUAAAGACUAUAGAAAAAAUUGAGCAAUACAAAAGAUUAAAUCCUUAACAAUUUAGCAAUCCAAAUAAAUUAAAUUUAUUUCGCAUUCAUUUUUAUAUAACUCGCAAGUAAUUUUUGCUUGGAUUAUUUUUCUUUACUUUACAAAGUAUACUGGAAUGCUGCUGCACUUACUUUUUAGAUUUAAUUACCGAAACAUUAAAGACAUACUCAGGUAAUUAUGAAGAUAAAAAAGAUCUAUUCCUACUAUUAAUCGCAAUUACACUCUUUUAUUUAGCCAAAAAUAUUUGUUACACUCGCUAUUUCUGGUAUGAAGCAGAAUGGAAGGCAAAGUCAUUAACAACUUUACAAUAUAUAGUGUUCAAUAAAUCUCUAAGAAUUAAAAACACCUCCGAAGGAACAAGUAUCGAUUUAGAUGAAAAUAAAAGCGAAAACUCAGAUGAAAUUCCUGAUAUUAACAAUGUCAUGACUACAGAUAUUGAGGGAGUAUAAGAAGCCUAUAGAGAAAUCAUUGGAUUAAUUGUAAAUAUUAUCACAGUAAUUAUAGUUCUGAUUAUGAUCUAUCUUAAAAUUGGCAGUCAUUUAAUUAAUGGUUUAUAUGUGCUUCUCGUUUUUCUCAUGCUUUGUGUUGCUUCAGUUCAUUUCCUAUUCAUAUUUGAUAUAAAGGUUAAUUCUGCAAAGGAUUCUAGAGUUUCAUUAAGCAAAGACAUAAUUGAAGGAAUAAAAAACAUUAAAUACUUGGGUUGGGAAAACAUAUUCAAAUAGAAGAUUGAAAAAAUUCGUGGUAACGAAGUUAAAUUCACAAAAUUGGUAAAGGUUUUUGAUAUAUUUUAAAACACUGUUUUUAAUAUGUUGAGCUACUUUAUGAUUUUUACAUUACUAGUGAGUUUUGUAAAUGAUGGAAAUCAACUUGUAGACUCUAACAUUUUCACACUGAUUGCUCUCUAUAAUGUAAUUUACCUUCCUUUGAUAUUCCUACCUUGGAACGUUUCAUCAUUGACGGAAAUUUAUGUGCAAUACAAAAGAAUUAUAAAUUUCCUUAACCAAUAAGAAAUUGAUUUUGAUAAUGUUGUCAAUUUAGAAGAGUUGAACACAGCUGGAAGUAAAAGAAAAAAUUCCUAUUAAAUCAACGCAAAUUUUGAAUAAAAUUAAUCUUAAUUGGAUUCGCUAGCUUUACAAAUUAAAAAUGCAUAUUUUUCUUGGCCACAAAGGAAAUAAUGUAAUUAAUAGGAAAUUUAACAGAAUUAAAUUGCUAAAAUGAAUAGCGAGAAUACUAAUUUGAUUGAAAUAUAGUCUUAAUCUGAAAUAAAUAGUAAUGAGAAUAAAAAUGCAUUCUAAUUAAAAAUCUAAGAUUUUACUAUCUAAAAAGGAGAUUUAGCAAUAAUCAUUGGCAAAAUCGGUUCAGGAAAAUCUGCUUUAUUGCAGGCGAUCUUAAAUGAAUUAGAAGGAAAGUUUGGCUAAAGUCAAUUCGAAUAAAACUCUAUGUAAUAACAAAACUAAUUUAGUCAUUUUGAAAACAAAAUUUUAGUAAAUGGGAAAGUUGGAUAUGUUUCUCAAAAUCAUUGGCUCUAAAAUAAAUCGAUUAAAGAAAAUAUCUUGUUUGGAAGAGAGUUUGAUGCUUCGUGGUAUUAAUAGUGCAUUGAAUCAUGUGAUUUAUAAGUAGAUUUCAGUUAAUUUUCAAAGAAAGAUGAUAAGCUGGUUGGAUCUGGAGGAGGUAAUUUAAGUGGAGGAUAAAGGCAAAGAGUAGCUAUUUGUAGAGCAAUUUAUUAAAAUUGCGAUAUUUAUUUAUUUGAUGAUAUUUUCAGUAGUCUAGAUGCUCAUGUUGCAGAUCAUAUAUAUCAAUCUGUUAUUCUUGGCAUGCUUAUCAAAAAGUUAUAAAAAACUGUGAUACUUGUUACCAGUCAUUUUAGCAUUUUCUCUCAAAGAUAAAAUAUUAGCAAAAUCUACUACCUAAGAGAAGGCUAGCUCAUUAGUGAUUAUAAUGAGAUCGAGUAAUUCAUAUAGAAUGGAAUCACAUAAGAACAAAGUGAUGAAAAAUCUCAUAAUCAUAAUUAAAAACAAAAACAGCAUAAUUCUUUUAUUGAAUCAAAGAAAACUUUGUAAGCAAAUAUUUACGACGAAUAAAUACCAGAAAAAAUGAAAAUUUAAAAAGAAUUAAAGACCAUAAAUUAAUACUUGAAUGAAACAGAAAAUGUUUAUUCAGAAGAGAAUUUAAAUAACUAGCAAAUACAAGAAGAGUAGAAAGAAGAAAAUUCUGAUAAAAGCGAGAAAGAAGAGGAAGGAGAACUAGAAGAAGAAGAUGGUGAAGAGGAAAGAGAAAAAGGUAAUAUAAAAUUAUCUACUUUUAAGGUUUACUUUAUGUCUAUAGGCAUAGUUCUAUUAGUUUCAUUACUAAUUUGUAAUUUGCUUGCUCCUGCUUCAUAAAUGCUGAUAGAUUAUUGGCUAAAAGACUAUAUAUCUCCCUCAUAAUAAUGGUUUUUUGUUUAGUUUAAUGAGAUCUUUUAGACUUUUACUCUUAGUUUCAUAUUCCUUAUUGUUUUACAAACAGUAAUAAGUAUAGUUAGAGGAAUACUAAUAUAUAAAACUUAUUUGAUUAGUAGUACUACAAUUUUCAAAUAGCUUAACUAAAGCAUCAUAUUUAGUCGCAUGAGCUUCUUUGAUAAAAACCCUAUUGGAGGUAUUGUUAACAGACUUUCUGAUGAUGUUUAGACUGUUGAUAAUUAUUUACCUUGGAGUUUAGAUUUACUUCUUGGUUAAGCAGCUCCAGCCUUCUUAUAUACCUUAGCCAUUUUAGCUGAAUUUCCUUGGUUAGCGAUGUUCAUUCUGAUUUAAUUUAUUUUGAUUUCUUUUGUUUAGAAAGACUUCAGACUUUUAAGUAGAGAAGUUAAAAGAUUAAAUUCAGUAAAUUCUGGUAGAGUCCUCACUAUUUUAGACGAAUCAUCCAAGGGGUUGGUUAUAAUAAGGAGCUUUAAGAAAUAAAAACACAUAGUAAGUGAAUAUCUGAGUAAAUUAAGUGACUUUGUUAACACUGACUUAAUCACCCAAGCAGUUUAAAUUUGGCUUUCUUUAAGGUUGAUUUUUAUUAGCAAUUUAAUUUUUAUUUGCGUUUCUGUUACAACUAUUGUGCUAAUAUUUGGCAAUUUUGACUUUGAGUAUACUACCAUUGCUAUGUGUAUUACUUAUUCUAUGAUUUUUUCAUCCAGAUUUUCAGAGGUUGUACGUUUCUUGAAUUACUUUGAAAUGAACAUAGUAUCUAUUGAGCGCAUUUAGUAAUAUUUUAACAACUAAUAAGAGGAUCUAGAUUCUAAUCAAAUAAAUCUUGAAUCAGAUGUUGAUUUACCUAAUUUGAGCAAGUUAAAUUAGGAAAAUAUAGCCAUUUCAUUUGAAAAUGUUUAUUUAACAUACGAUGAAAUUGAUGAAAAAGCUAAUUAAUCUAAAGAAUAAAAUUAAAUAAAGUAUGCUCUUGAAAAUAUUUGUCUUAAAAUUAAAAAAGGUGAAAAAAUAGCAUUCUGUGGUAGAACUGGGUCUGGUAAAACCUCUAUUUUAAAUGCAAUAUUUAGAAUGUAUCCAAUUAAAUAAGGAAGAAUUUAUUUGAAUGGAAAGGAUAUACAAAGCUAAUCUCUGAGAUAAAUCAGAACUUAAAUGUCGAUAAUUCCUCAGUUUGGUUUUGUUUAUAAUGCUUCUUUGAUUGACAAUAUUGACCCUGAGCGUAAAAUAGCAAGAGAAGAAAUCUAGAAAAAGGUAAAUGAGACAAAUCUAAGAAUAACGAAAAAUCGUUAUAACUAAGAAAGCUAAUUAAAAGAUAAUAAAGAUAAAUUUAAUAAUGAAAAUGAGCAUUUAAUAUCUCAAUAAGAUGAAAAAUAAUAAGAUUUAUUAAUUGAAGAUGAGAAUUUAGAUUUUGAAAUUGAAGAUGGAGGCUAAAAUUUAUCUAAUGGAGAAAAAUAAGUUAUAAAUUUUUUGAGAGUUAUAAUGAGAGAUACUGAAAUUAUUUGUUUGGAUGAAGCAACUUCUAAUAUGGAUCCUGAAACAGAUUUAGAGCUACAUAAAUAGAUAUUUAAGUAUGCAGAGAAAAAAACAUUAUUAGUAAUCACUCAUAGAUUAGAAAACAUUGAGUUAUUUGAUAGAGUAGUAGUUCUAGAAAAAGGAAGGAUAGUAGAAUGUGGCCAUGUUUAAGAGUUGAGAUAAAUAUAAGGUGGUUUUUUCAAUAAAUUAAUUAAAAAUAAUUGAAAUAUUGCAUAAAUUAUUUUAUUUACUGUAAUUUACUUUAUUAUAUUUUUUAGUAACAAAAUUUUAUUCAUAAUUUUCAAUCUCAAA